ACUCGUAUUUAUCCAUUGUAAAGGUAUGUAACCAUGAAAGUUAAGAAAAUUCACUAGUGUGCUGUUCCUGAACUGCAAGAUAAAAUCAGGCAAAAUAGUUGUUCUUUGCAUCAUUUAUGCCUUGUAUGUUAAUUAUCUUGUCCAUGUCUCUGAUGCCACAUCCAUUACAAAAGAUGUUCUGUUUACAGGUAAUGUGAAUUGAAGAUGCCACCCCCUUGGCAAAUGUGCUGCGAUAAAAAGUCCAGAACUAAGAAUGCAAAAGCUGAAAUGGACAAUAUGGCAGAGACAAAUGAAAAAAUGAAGAUGAAGAAAGAAAUCACAUUACUAAAUGGGGUUUCUUUAAUUGUAGGGAACAUGAUUGGCUCUGGCAUAUUUGUAUCACCCAGGGGUGUUUUAAUGUACAGUGCUUCCUACGGACUCUCACUGGUCAUCUGGGCACUUGGUGGGAUUUUUUCCCUGUUUGGAGCUUUGUGUUACGUUGAACUGGGAACAUCCAUCCUGAAAUCUGGAGGCAGUUAUGCCUACAUUCUGGAGGCAUUUGGGGCCUUUGUGGCCUUCAUCAGACUCUGGUCUUCCUUGCUAAUUAUUGAACCAACAACUCAGGCAGUGAUAGCAAUCACAUUUGCUAACUAUAUUGUCCAGCCAAUUUUUCCCCAUUGUGAACCACCGUAUGAUGCAGUCAGGUUGAUUGCAGCUGCAUGUAUUUGUUCCUUAACAUUUAUUAAUUGUGUUAAUGUAAAGUGGGGUACCCGUGUACAAGACAUUUUCACAUAUGCAAAAGUUAUGGCUCUUAUCUUGGUGAUAUCUGUUGGGCUUUACAAAAUUGGCAAAGGGGAAACGGAAAACCUGAGAGCUCCAUUCGAGGGCUCAGCAACCAACCCAGGGAUGAUCGCCCUGGCUCUCUACUCUGCCCUCUUUUCCUACUCAGGAUGGGACACACUCAACUAUGUCACUGAGGAAAUGCAGAACCCUGAGAGGAACCUACCUCUUUCUAUUGCAAUUUCAAUGCCUAUUGUAGCUAUUAUCUACCUAUUGACUAAUAUAGCAUACUAUGUAGUGUUGGACAUGUCAGCUCUCCUCACAAGUGAUGCAGUGGCUGUGACAUUUGGAGGUGAAACCCUUAGUUAUGCCAAGUGGAUAAUUCCUAUAGCAGUGGCCAUGUCUUGCUAUAGUGGCUUAAACUCAUCAAUUAUUGCAGCAUCUCGACUCUUCUAUGUUGGAGCCAGGGAAGGACACCUCCCUGUCAGUCUGAGCUUGAUUCACAUAAAGUGCUUCACACCAGUCCCUGCUCUCCUGUUCAAUGGUUUAAUGACUUUGCUUUAUCUGCUUGUGGAAGAUGUUUUCCUCCUUAUUAAUUACUACUGCUUCAACUACUGGCUCUUUGUGGGUCUAUCUAUUGCAGGACUAAUAUAUCUGAGAUACACUCAGCCACAUAGACCACGGCCUGUUAAACUUAGCCUCUUCUUCCCUAUAGUAUAUUGUUUGUGCUCCCUAUUCCUGGUUGUAGUGCCUCUCUACAGUGAUACAAUCAAUUCCCUCAUUGGUGUUGGUAUUGCCCUCUCAGGCAUUCCUGCAUAUUAUUUGGGAGUCCAUCUGCCAGUUGAAAAACGACCUAAAUGUCUACUUUGGCUCUCUGCUACAAUAACGAAGUAUGUUCAGAUGCUCUUCUACUGUGCUCUGUCAGACCUGGACAUAGAUGUGGAACCCACAGCAGCUAAGAGUAAAUAGAGCUGCCUCAACAUUGAGAAUUGUGCCUUGACAUCUCCUAUCUGGAACAAUUUUUGUCAUCUGAAGUUCUCCCCAUGUGGUCAGUCAUUCCAGAGCACUAACCACGGUACUAUGCAUCAGUUGGAUGUCAGUUAAGUUGUGAUGGUUUUAUAAAACACUCUGUUUUCCAGGAUUUCUUUUUAAAGCUUUGUUUGUUAAUAGUGAGUUAUCAUGUAAUGCUUUGAAACUGUAAAGCACUUAAUGAACAAAUAUUUAUUAGCAGAUAAGUGCUAAAUAUUAAAGGCGAAAGAAAAGUAAAAAAAAUUUAGACCAGAUCUUUGCAAGAUUCAAAGUCUAAGUUUGAAAAUAGAAGCCACAGUAGUCUUCUAAAAAUGUAACUAAAUUCUUAGCCAAAGCAAAAAAAUAUAUACAGUAAUUUCAUUACUAUAAGGCGCACCGGACUAUAAGGU